AGCACGAGGAGAUGGUUUUCAAGGGAGCGCGGCAGAUACCAAAGAGCAUGCUCUUUUGAGCUCAUAGCCAAUUGUCACUGGGCGAAGGUCGUCAAGACAGGAUAUGCAUAGCUUUCUGCCUGAAGGAAGCGCGUCGUUUUUCUUGGUAGGACGCAGGGGCAAUGCCAGCUUGACCCUGAGCGUACGGUUUGAGCUGUAAUUAGGGUCUCGCAAAAAUGAUCGCCCCUUCUGGCGCUAUCUUGGUUGAGCUGGGGACACGAGGCUCAGCCAGGCAGCAGCCAGAUGGAAGCAACGGUUUGAGGAACAACUGCAUGCGGACUGCUGAUGAGGCAGCAUUUGUGUUGGAUCUUGAUGUUGACGCAUCACGUAGGACGUUUGACGGCUCUCCGGAGCCUGAGAGGGGGCAAAACCGGGUCAGGAAACCAACUUUUCUAUCGGCGUCCUUGGCCCUCAAGCUCACAGUGUUUGUGGGCAUGCUCGUAACCGUGGCGAGCGGAGUUAUGGCGCUGGUUUUCUGGAUCACUGCAAAGGACGUCCUCGACAAGGAGCUCGGUCCGCGGCUCGUGACCGUCGCCACGCUGCGCAAGCAGAGCCUCCUCUCGUACAUUUCCAGCGAGCACAACAACAUGGAUCUCAUUGGCUCCCGCGUCCUCAUCACCCAGAUGCUUCGCAGAGUCAACAACGGCUCAAGACUCAAUGCGUUUGACAUCACGCUCGGGACACAGGACCUCUACUCCGCGAUCGGUGCGCUCGAUCAGUACCAAGACGGGGCCAUCUUUGACCUGAACGGGACCAUGAUCUUCCAGACGAACAACUUUGUGAACUCGACGAGAGCGGUCCAGUCCAGCGUGCAGAGCCUUAACUACACGGACGGCGUUGCGUUUACGUUCAUGAACAAGGGGCGGCCGCCGAGCGACGCGCUGAUCCUGCUGUCGGUGCGGGUGAUCAACAACUCGCAGCCGCUCGGGUAUCUGCAGUGCACGAUCGAGGCGGCCGCGUUUCGGAGGCUGGUUUACGAGCCGGCCGGAUUAGAGAAUACGGGGGAGGUGCUUGUCGUCUGCCCGGGGCCGGAGCCGAACACAAUGGAGUUCCUGGUGGAUCCUCAGCUGUCGCAUGGGCGGUUUGAGGCGCCGUUCACGAGAGGGUUGUUUCGGGCCAUCUAUAUGAAAGAAAGCGGCUCGAUCACGGAGAAAGACUACCGGGGUAUCAAGGUCGCCGCAGCGUACGCGCCCAUGGAUUUCGCGGACUGGGGCAUUGAGGCGAAGCUAAACUACGACGAAGCGUUCCACCCGAUCCACCGCAUCCGUAUCAUUCUGAUCAGCUGCAUGGUCAGCGUGCUCGUGUUCGGCAUUGGCGCGUCCUACUUCCUGGCGCGCCUUUUCACGCACCGCAUCGUGGAGCUGAACAAGACGGCGGCGGCGCUCGCGGGGGGGGACAUGAAUGCGCGCGUGCCGGAGCGCAAGCCCUGGAUGAAGGACGAGGUCUAUGAGCUGACGCGGACGUUCAACAUGAUGGCAGCGGAGCUAGCGACCAACCAGUCGACGCUGGAGGCGCGCAGCAUCUUUUGUUACGAUCCGUACCUGACCCGUCUUAUUCUGACGCGGACGUUCAACAUGAUGGCGGCGGAGCUGGCGACCAACCGGUCGACGCUAGAGGCGCGCGUGCUGGAGCGCACGCGCGAUCUCGCGGCCGCCAACGCGGGGCUGGCGCUGGAGAUCGAGGAGCGGAAGAAGGCGGAGGCGGAGGUGGUCAAGGCCAAGGACGAGGCGGUCACCGCGAACAACAUCAAGUCCAACUUCCUGGCCAACAUGAGCCACGAGAUCCGGACGCCGCUGAACGGGAUCAUCAAUUGUACGGAGCUGUGCCUGGACACGCGGAUCACACCUGACCAGCAAGAGUAUCUGGGCCUCGUCAAGUUUUCGGCCGAGCACCUCUUGAACGUCAUCAAUGAUAUACUGGACUUUUCCAAGAUCGAGGCGGGCAAGAUGGACCUGGAGAAGAUCGAGUUCUCGCUGCGUAGUCAGUUGGAGCACGCGGUGUCGGUGCUUGCGGUGCGCGCGAGCAAGCGCAACGUCGAGCUGCUGUGUGACGUCAGCCCGGACGUACCGGACCGCCUCCUGGGGGACCCCGGCCGGCUCUUCCAGAUAUUCGUAAACUUGAUAGGAAACGCGAUAAAGUUCACACCGGCCCCGGGUGUGCCCCGGGGUCAGGUACUCGUCACGGCGUUGGUAGAGAGCAUGUCGGAAAGCGGUGACGUCAUGCUGAGGCUGAUCGUAGAAGAUACAGGUAUAGGCAUCGCGCGCGACAAGCAAAAGUUCCUCUUCAAGGCCUUCUCUCAGGUUGACAGCUCUACGACACGGCUCUACGGGGGCACAGGGUUGGGUCUGGUCAUCUCCGCGAAGCUGGCCGCCGCGAUGGGGGGGCAAAUGUGGGUGGACAGCGAGGAGGGGAACGGCAGCAAGUUCAGCUUCACCGCCAAAUUUGAGCUCAGCCCCGAUCAGGACCAGCGGCGGCUAUCGGUCGAGAUCGAGAGCAUGGAGGACGUCUCCGUGCUGGUCGUCGACGACAACCCGACCUCGUGCGCGCUCCUCGAGCGCAUGCUGACGUCAUGGAAGGCGGCCGCGCGCUCGGUCCCGGGGGCAUUCGAGGCCGCGGCCGCGCUGUCCGAGGCUGCGCGUGCGGGAUGUCCAUACCAGGUGUUGCUUGUCGAUCUGGACAUGCCGGACAUCGACGGUCUAGAGUUGCUGCGCAUGCUGCGCGAGGAGCGGCCCGCGCUGCUCGAGGGCGUCGCGGUCGUCAUGCUGACGCCGGUCGACUACGGGGACUUGCACAAGCUUAAGGAGCUUAACGUACAGGGCAACUGCACAAAACCGAUCAAGGAGUCGGCCCUCCUACGGACGCUCCACGGCGCCAUCGGCAGUUCGGCGUCGCCCGGGCGGCAGUCUCUCUCCGAGCCACGGAAGCGACUCGCCCCGCAGAAAAAGCUCCACAUUCUAGUUGCCGAGGACAACCUGGUGAACCAGGCGGUGGCGCGCGCGCUGCUCACGAAAUGGGGGCACACCCUGCGGAUCGCGCCAAAUGGGCGGGAGGCGGUGGAGAUGGUCACGAAGGAGCGCUUUGACAUCUGCCUCAUGGAUGUGCAAAUGCCGGUCAUGGACGGGUUGCAAGCGACGGAGUUGAUACGGAUAGAAGAGGGGACGUCGGGGCGGCACAUACCCAUCGUCGCAAUGACAGCGCACGCGAUGGCCGGGGAUGCUGAGCGCUGCAUUGCCGUUGGAAUGGACGGCUAUUUGAGCAAACCCCUGAACGCCGAGAAGCUUCAUGCGUUGCUGCGCGACUACGCUCUCGGCAAUACGGUUCAGGCGAUCAUGACGACGCAAGACAUCGAACCCGAAAAGAAGAAUCCCCGGAGAGCGUCCGCUUGACAUGUAGCAUAGGAGACUGAUCAUGUAUCAUAGGUGACGAAAUUGAGGGUUUCCUAGAAAACUUCGAAAGAACGAGUUAUUGCUUGCGCGCGGCCGAUCACGUGCUGCCGACUCGGGCAACGGUUGGGGCACCUCAUUGACUUACUAUAGAUGGGUAAUCUACACUGCACUGAACUGAGCUAGCCUAGUCUUUCUGGUGGGUCCGCAAUGUUAGAGAUUGCCUGUACACUGGAUGGGUGAGGAUAACAGCGCUGCGUGCUAGCCCUUUGACAAAGGUCAAGGAGCUUAUAGACGUUCGGAUCCACAGGUGUUCAUUAGUGGGCCUGGUCAGACACCCGUUGACAGUCAAAUAUAAAUCGGAGGCUCGCAGCGGGAAUAUUUGUGGAUCCCAGACACCUUGAUAUUGAAAGCAUUCCGACUCUUCUGACCUGC